ACACUCUGGUAUUCCAAGUUUACGGCGUAAGAUUACGGAGAGCUCUCGUGAGCCGACCACAUGCUUUCUCGCCAAAAGGAGUGCACCAUCAUCAAGAAACGAAGACGGGACAGUCGCUGGGAGUGUUUCUGGCUAGCAUAGGCCGACAAGGAGCGUGGUGCUGACAAGAUGCCUAUAAACCAGGAGAAGUUGAUUAAACUCCAACAGCAAAAAGAGAAAGCACAAAUAGGCGGAAAGGGUACAGCACGGAGAAAGAAGAAGGUUGUACACAAGACUGCUACGGACGACAAGAAAUUACAAAGCACGCUCAAGAAGCUGGCAAUAAACCCCAUACAAGGCAUCGAGGAGGUGAAUAUGAUAAGGACGAUGGACACGUACUCCAUUUCACCAAUCCAAAGGGCCUCCCUUGCUGCCAAUACAUUUGCCAUCACUGGGACCCCCGAGGAGAAACCCCUGACGGAGAUGUUGCCGGGGAUCUUUAACCAGCUAGUGGGUGGUACUGAGAGUCUGAGCCACCUGCGGAAGCUGGCCCAGAAUUUCCCCACUCAGGAGAGUGGAGGUGUGGGGGCACUGGCAGGCAUGGGAGGGAUGGCCGGGAUCGACGAAGAUGACGACGUCCCUGAUCUUGUAGAGAACUUUGACGAGGCUUCAAAAGCCGAGAACUAGUUCCCGCGGCAACCCACAACUGGUCACUGAGUGUGCAUGUGUCAAAAACUCUCAUCACACCAGUUUUUGCCACUGUGUGUGGGCAUUAUAAUGGCAGUCUAGUCACAAACACUGCAUGCUUGAAUGUUUACGUUUCGACUGACCUGUACCUGUAUUAUUCACGUGUUUUUUGUUCUUCUUUUUCGGUUGUAUCACAGAUCAUGUUCGUCGACAGAUAAAAAAUGUAAUUGGCAAUCGUUUAAAUUUAACUAAUUUGGCAAGCGA